UCCGCGCAGGCGCGGAAGACUGACGGCACGCGACUGGAAGGCGGGUCGGUUCAGCGGGGUAGGGGAGGAGGUAGGGGAGGGACCUGGUGUAGUGGCGUUGAGGAGGGCGCCACUUAGUGUUGGGACCUUCUUGGCGGUCACCUUCUCUCCUGGGACUCGGGUUACGCAGCGGCCGCCUUCACGCCGGGGCCGCCAGCGGUAUUGGGUAGGUGACGCGCCGCGAAAGGGAGGUGCUCGCCGGCACUUCCGGUCUCGUGAGGCUUCGUCGCGCGCGGAGCACUCUGGGACUUUUAUUUCUCGAGAUGGAGCGAGCCAUGCCGCAAGCGGUGCCUCUGGGUCAGAUGGAAGUAUUUCAGGCCCUGCAGCGGCUGCACAUGAUCAUUUUUUCCCAGAAUGUCUCACCCUGUGGGAAGUUCCUGGCAGCCGGCAACAAUUACGGGCAGAUAGCCAUCUUUAGCUUGUCUGCUGCUUUGAGCUCUGAGGCCAAAGAGGAAAGUAAGAAGCCCAUGGUGACCUUCCAAGCCCACGAUGGACCCGUCUACAGCAUGGUCUCCACUGAUCGACAUCUGCUCAGUGCUGGGGAUGGGGAGGUGAAGGCCUGGCUUUGGGCAGAGAUCCUUAAGAAGGGCUGUAAGGAGCUGUGGCGUCGUCAGCCCCCAUACAGGACCAGUCUGGAAGUACCUGAGAUCAAUGCUUUGCUUCUCGUCCCCAAGGAGAAUUCCCUCAUCCUGGCGGGGGGAGACUGUCAGUUGCAUACGAUGGACCUUGAGACGGGGACCUUCACGCGGGCUCUCUGGGGCCACACGGACUAUAUCCACUGCCUGGCACUGCGGGAGCGGAGCCCCGAGGUGCUGUCAGGUGGCGAGGAUGGGGCCGUGCGGCUUUGGGACCUCCGCACGGCCAAGGAGGUCCAGACGAUUGAGGUCUACAAGCACGAGGAGUGCUCGAGGCCCCACAAUGGGCGCUGGAUUGGAUGUUUGGCAACUGACUCAGACUGGAUGGUCUGUGGAGGUGGCCCAGCACUAACCCUCUGGCACCUUCGAUCCUCCACACCCACCACUGUCUUCCCCAUGCGGGCACCACAGAAGCACGUUACCUUCUACCAGGACUUGAUUCUAUCAGCUGGACAGGGUCGCUGUGUCAAUCAGUGGCAGCUGAGCGGGGAGCUCAAGGCCCAGGUGCCUGGCUCCUCCCCAGGGCUGCUAAGCCUCAGCCUCAACCAGCAACCAGCAGCCCCUGAGUGCAAGGUCCUGACAGCCGCAGGCAACAGCUGCAGGGUGGAUGUCUUCACCAAUCUGGGCUACCGAGCUUUCUCCCUGUCCUUCUGACCUCCAGCAACACCCCCACCUCCAUCUCAGGGGUUUGGAGUGGUUUGUUUUUUUCUUUUUUUUAUACUAAUAAAAUUUGGGCCAUUCUUUUUUUCAUG